GGAAGAGCGGAUGUUGAUUGUAGAUGUCUGCUCCGUUCACACGCCGGGGACUCCACGCUGCUUUUUCUGUGGGAUGGACGCUUUUGAUUUAUUUCGAAAACUUGGCUCUGGGGCUAAAUUUGAUCUGAAAAGAUUUGGUCAAGAUGCCUCCCGAUUUAAGGCACACAAGCACAAAGCAGCAGAUGCUUCACAUCCUCUUUCAACCAUCGAUUACUUUGGCAAAGGCUCAGCCAAGAUCAGGCAGCAGCAGCAAGAGGAGGAUGAUCACGAAGAAGACAGUAACAUAAAUGAAAGUGAAGAAAGUGAUGCUGUAGUUAAAAGGAAGAGGAAUGAUCAGCGAGCAAAUGGCAAAACAAAUAAGAAGAAAAGGAAAAUGUCUAAAGUAGAAGUUACAGCUGCUGACGGAGAGGGAAUUUCUUGGACAUCAGAUUUGGACAAAAGAAUUCCAAGCCUGCAAAGUGGAGAUAAGGAAAAGAACUCCCUCAAAAGACUGAAGCAUCUUCAUCAGGAGAAGGUGAAUCGUAUCCGUGCUCAACAUCGUAUAAAUGUACAUGGUUGUGAUGUCCCUGAUCCCAUGUGUACAUUUGAGGAGCUUCAGUCUGAAUACAAACUUCAUUCACGUAUUCUUCAAAACCUCAAAAAUGCAGGCCUUGAUUCUCCUACUCCUAUCCAAAUGCAGGCAAUACCUCUGAUGAUGCAUGGUCGUGAAGUCUUGGCGUGCGCCCCUACAGGUUCAGGAAAAACUUUGGCUUUCUGUUUGCCUCUGCUCACUCAUCUGCAGCAACCAGCCAACUUAGGCUUCAGAGCUGUGGUUAUCUCCCCGACCAGAGAGUUGGCCAGUCAGACUUACAGAGAGCUACUUCGCUUGUCAGAUGGAGUUGGAUUUAGAGUUCACAUUAUUGAUAAAGCUUCCUUGGCAGCUAAAAAAUACGGACCGCAAUCUAACAAAAAAUAUGACAUACUCAUCAGUACCCCAAAUAGAUUAAUCUACCUUUUAAAUCAGGAUCCUCCCACUUUGAACCUCAGCAGUGUGGAGUGGCUUGUUGUGGAUGAGUCUGACAAACUGUUUGAGGAUGGUAAGAGUGGAUUCAGGGAGCAGCUGGCUGCCAUCUUUCUGGCCUGUUCUGGUCCAAAGGUGCGCAGGGCCUUCUUUAGUGCCACCUGUACUCCAGACGUUGAGCAAUGGUGUCGCCUCAACCUUGACAACUUGGUGUCUGUCAAUAUAGGACACAGGAAUACAGCUGUGGAGACAGUGGAACAGGAGCUACUGUUUGUUGGGAGCGAGGAUGGAAAACUAGUGGCAAUGAGAGACAUUAUCAAAAAGGGCUUCUUGCCUCCUAUGUUGGUAUUUGUUCAGUCUAUAGAUCGAGCAAGGGAGCUCUUCCAUGAGCUAGUCUAUGAAGGCAUUAAUGUCGAUGUAAUUCAUGCAGACCGCACACAACAGCAGAGAGAUAAUGUAGUGAACAGUUUCCGUUCUGGACACAUCUGGGUGUUGAUUUGCACAGCGUUGCUUGCCCGAGGAAUCGACUUCAAAGGUGUAAACCUUGUACUAAAUUAUGACUUUCCCACCAGUGCUGUCGAGUACAUCCAUCGAAUAGGUCGUACGGGCAGAGCUGGACAUUCUGGAAAAGCCAUUACCUUUUUUACAGAAAACGAUAAACCGCUCCUGCGCAGCAUUGCCAAUGUUAUAAAACAAGCUGGCUGUCCUGUCCCGGACUACAUGAUUGGCUUCAAGAAAAUACACAGCAAAUUGAAGAGACAACUUCAGAAGAAACCUCCAAAGAGAAGUAGCAUUUGCACAACUCCACGCUUUUUGAAGAAGAAUUCAAAAUCCAUGCAAAAAGGAAAGAAAGGAGGAGGAGCAGGAGGUGAAAGUGAUUCUCAAACCAGUGUCAAGAAAAAGAUGACGGCAAACACAAAGAAACUUACAAAACAACAUACACAGAAAGAAAGAACAACUGAAAAUGGGCACAAGAAGGGCUCAAAGAAAAUGGCAUGAAGUCCUGAACCUUCAGAAUUAAAAAGAAAAAGGAGGCAACAGGAAACAUAGAGCGCUGCAAAACUAUUUUGUGAACAUUACAGACAUAAACUGAAUGUGUUUUCUUUGUUAAUGGUUGAAAAAAAAAAAAACUUUUGUAUAUAAAGCAGUUGAUAUAACAUUG